AUGGCCGACAAUGGCAAUAACGCAUUCAGUCUUUCUGCAGUGACUCCCACCAUCCCACCGUUCACCUUUAAGGAGCUCCACGAGCGGCUGAAUGGCGUGCUAGGAAGAGAUGCCACAGGUGUAGUCUACUCCCUCGAAGGUUAUCCGAGUCUCGCCGUGAAGGAGAUCUUGCUUGAAGGCUUGGAUAGGAGCAGUGUGGAUGCUCUUAGACACACUAUGCUCCAGAUAAGCUACCCUUAG